CGUGUUCCCCUUUCCCCUAAAUUGUGUCAAUUCGUCGCUGCGUGUUAACUCUCAUGCCGAUCGAGUGUAGUUUUUUUGUUUAUCUGUAAUUUGCAUCGUGUUUUUAAUAAUUAUAACUUAUUUAUUACUAUUUUAACUAUGGAGAAACGUAUCGAAUUAGAGAAACGAGGAAGAGACGCCAAAGAAAUUACCGAGCUUUGCUUGGAUAAUUGCCGGAGUCCUAAUAUCGUCGGAUUAACCGAUGAAUUCGUCAAUCUAGAAACCCUCAGCUUGUCAAAUGUUGGUCUCACCAGUCUCAAAGGAUUCCCUAAAUUACCGAAUCUUAAAAAGUUGGAAUUGAGCAAAAAUAGGAUUUCGAAUGGAUUAAGUGUUCUUCAGUCAAGCCCCAAGUUAAACUACCUUAAUUUAAGCGGUAAUAAAAUUAAAGAUUUGGAAUCGCUGGAACCACUUAAAGAAUGUAAAAAUUUGAAAAUCUUGGAAAUCUGCAGUAACGAAGCUGCUUCCAUUGAAAACUACAGAGAAAAAUUGUUCAAUCUUAUUCCACAAUUGAAAAUUGUCGAUGGGUAUAACGCUAAUCAAGAAUCUGACGACAGUGAAGUCGACGAAGAGGAAAUUAAUGGUAAUGGCGAAGAAGUGAGCUUCGAUGGAGAAGAUGAUGAUGAUGACGACGAAGAUGGUGAUGAGGAAGGAGCUGACGAAGAAGAUGAUGGCGAUGAUGGCGAGGAAGCCGAAGAAGAAGACGAAGAUGAUUUAGGUCUUGAAAGUGUUUACAAAGAAAACUUAGAUGAGGAAAGCGAAGGAGACGAUUACGAUGUAGAAGGAGAUGGUGAAGACGAUGACGAUGGAGUUGAAGAAGAAGAAGAAAGCGAAAACGAAGGCGAAGAUGAAAAAGAAGAAAGCGUAGUGCGCGGUAAAAAAAGAAAACACGAUGAUGAAGACGAAGGAGAAUAAUGUACUAAUUAGGAUUUAGGUUUUAUGUUAAAAUUUUUAUCGAUUAAGGAUUUAAAUUUAAUUUUAAUUAAAACAAUUACGUUAUUUAUAUCAUAAUAGAUAGAUAUUCAGACAAUCGCAUGAACACUUUGAAUGCUGGUCUCAGUAAUUUUAUGGCAUUUACAUCGUUUGAACUGUGUUCUCGGUUUUCCAUCAUCCAUUUUUUUUUGGCAAGCUCCUCAUUCCUCAAACACGAAUUAACUAAAUGUACGUAAUUCAACGUUGAAAUUUUUUAGACAUUUUUUUUCUAACGAAGAACAAUUUAUUAUUAUAGCUGCAAUACGAUUAAGUAGUAGAUUGAAUAAUAUAAUACGUUGCACAUCAUUUGAAUUUUGUUAAAUUUGUUAAUUAAAUUUCGCAGUUUUGUUACGAGUGUUUUUAAAUGUAUAUUGUUUAUUUGUUUACUUCAAUUAUAAUUUAUUUAUUUAUUUUUUUUCUAUUAUUAAAUGUUCCUGACUAAACCAAAAUUGUUCUGUUGUGGAGGUGUAAUUUUUUUUUAAAGGCGAUUUUUAAUCAUUGAUGUAAUUUGUCAUAAAAAAAUUCGAUUUAAAAAACUCUGUAUGAACCACAAGACGUUGAGAAGUAGUCGAUCGUGGUGCAUCAUUUUUUUUUAUAUAUUAGAUUCUCGUAAUCACCAUUGUUGAUACGUAUAAAUUUUGUUAAUAUCUCAUUUUUAUUUAAAUUCCAUCGUUUUUAAUGUAUUGUGUGUAAGGUCCAGUCUGGUUUUGAAAACUUGAAUGAUUGAGUAAUUAAAAGCUUUAGGUUAAUGUUUUUAUUAUUUUGUUUUACGGAAAUUAAUUUAUGUAUCAUCUUUGUACAAAUUUGCAACAUUAAACGAACCAAUAAAAAAUCCAAUGUUUUAAGAA